AUGCAUGAGUGGCAUCUGCGGUACCAACACUUGGUCGGCGACGACGAAGAAGAUGAGAGGGAGCAGAUAUGCCUUCAACCGCCAGCCUGGUACCUGCCCGAAGACACGCACUCAAGUCUGUUUUGCUGUCUUAGGCACUCUCUGGCAAGCAGUAUCGCGGACUAUGCUCACGUCUUGACGAGCUACAUGCGAGAGCUGGAUGAUCUAAAGGGGUUGUUCGAUGACAACAACAUCACCUCGCUCAGGAACGGAGAGAGAGACGGUAGCGAGCACGAGAUUUUCGCAGCGGCUCAGCUGCAUUCCUGCAAUAUUCAGGUAAAAACACUCAACGACGAGUGUAGGGUCACCUCAGCAUACACAUUCGCCGUCACGAACCCUUUUCGAUCAGUUUGUAUUGCUCGGCAUGGAUCAUAUUAUGCCGUGCAGGUAGAUGGUAUGCACAUUUAA